UUGCAUCCCACCUGCACCCCACCCGCACCCCUCCUGUACCCCCAGUACUGAGAAUUGAAUGCAUCUCUGCUCAUGCUGCCUAAACAAUGCCUCUCUAUUUACCUUGUGUUUGUUUGAGACAGGGUUUCAUGUAGCUCAGGCUAGCUUCAAACUCAUCAUGUAGCUGAGGCUAGUAUUGUACUCCUGAUCCUUGUGCCUUCACUUCCUGAGUGCUGCACUGUUGUGCCCGAUAUCUGUGGUGCUGGGGAUCAAACCCCACUUUGUGACGGUAGGCACUCUACCUCCUGAGCGCUGUUUACCUUCGUCCAUCAUCCUGUUCUUAUUCACAGCUAGUAAGCACUCUCCUCCGGACUCACUGUUCAUGGAAUUCAAUGUGCUGUGUGGUUCUAGGCACUCACUGCCUGUGAGGAGACAGCUGUGUAUCUUAGGAACAGGGAUAUUUAAACACCACCUCCUGGCAGCCAGCGAUGAGGCUGCUCCCUGUGGCCAGAGUUUGGCACGCACUCUAGCUUGCUAUGCAAGAUAGGUACUAAUCCAAAAAUGCUCUCACAUACAGAGGUGCAGAUGUUGUUGGCGUUCGGAAACGAGUUCAGGGUGUGUACCACUGUGGUAAGAGCUGAGGGAGGCAGAGAGAGCAUGGGUAGUGCAUGUUGUUCUAUCCUGAACCUAGAGCUUGAAAUCCAAGGGUACUCUCAGACUUUCUGGAAGUGGGAUUCGGGAAGCGGGAGUGGGGGAAACAGGAGGGGAGAGAGAUGACGUCACUUCAGCGCUGCUGUUCUUGCUUGCCCACCUUUAGAGCUCUGGCUGAUGGUGUGACCUCCAUCCAGCAAGUGUUUCCCGGGAGGAGGAUGUGUAAUAGGAUUGUGUGACAGGAUAGUCCAUCGGGGAAGGAAGAAUAACAAUAUUCUCCAUCCCAUCUCCAGCUUCCGUUUCCUUGGAGAAAGAGUUAACAUGGCCGGAGCCGAGGAGGCGGUCGACGGAGGUGGUGACAAGCGUCCUCCCUUUGCUGGUGGGAAGUCUGUGCUGUGCUUCGGGCAGAACCAGUACACAGCAGAAGAGUACCAGGCUAUCCAGAGGGCUCUGAGGCAGAGGCUGGGCCCGGAGUACAUCAGCAGCCGCAUGGCUGGAGGAGGCCAGAAGGUGUGUUAUAUUGAAGGUCAUCGGGUAAUUAACCUGGCCAAUGAGAUGUUUGGUUACAAUGGCUGGGCGCACUCCAUCACCCAGCAGAAUGUGGAUUUUGUUGAUCUCAACAAUGGCAAAUUCUACGUGGGAGUCUGUGCAUUUGUAAGGGUGCAGUUAAAGGACGGUUCCUAUCAUGAGGACGUGGGUUAUGGAGUUAGUGAGGGCCUCAGGUCAAAGGCCUUGUCGCUGGAGAAGGCCCGGAAGGAGGCUGUGACGGACGGGCUGAAACGGGCACUCAGGAGUUUUGGUAAUGCACUUGGAAACUGCAUUCUGGACAAAGACUACCUGAGGUCACUAAAUAAGCUUCCACGACAGCUCCCUCUUGAAGUGGAUUUAACUAAAGCAAAGAGAGAAGAUUUUGAACCAUCUGUGGAACAGGCAAGAUAUAACAGCUGCCGACAGAAGGAAGCACCGGGACCCCCAAAAGCACAAGAAGCAACUUCCCCUUGCAGACCAAGCCACCCACUCGACUCAGACAUUAGGCUGCAGGGGGCUAAAGACUGCAGCAGCUCCUGGUACUGGACUCAGGUUCCCUCCCUUUCCUCUGCCGCUCCUUCUAGUGUGGCUUUGGUCGCUUCCACUCCUGCCUCUGAAACCAGCAGUGGUUGUUUGUGUGCUUCCUCAAGCCGGGUCCAUUGUGGUUACCUUGGUUUGCAGCAGCAGCAGUCUGGCCGCCACCGUGGAGAGGGAUGCUGUUCACCAGCGGAAGCUCCGGAAGCUCCGGCAGAAGCAGCUGCAGCAGCAGUUCCGGCAGCAGAUGGGGUUGCCCCUGCCGGGCCACACACCUGCCGCAGAGCUGUGCUUCCAGCCCCUCCUCCGGAACACAGGACCCCCCAAUCUGCUGCCUCAGAACUCCUCAGGGAGAGAGCCGCCUGCCCAGCUAACCCUGAAGACAACCUUGAAAUGUGGGACCUGACUCCAGAUUUAGAGGACAUCAUUAAGCCCUUGUCUAGAUCAGAACCACCCCAAACCUCUGCCACCGGAGCCCUUAACAACCAGGAGGUGAUCCAGGAUGGCGUCCUUUGCCACCAGAUGCCACCAGAAAAACCUGGAGCCGGGCACCUGCAGACCAGCAGCACUCACCAGCAUGUACUAGGACACUCUGACUCUCAUAGGAAGAGCCAGGACCCGAAGAAAAGGAAACUUGAUCCAUCCUGAAGCUGGAAUCUGUCAUGAGAAGUUUGGAAAACUGCAGUUUGGUUACAAAAUUGUUCCCAAGGCUUUAUACCUUGUUUUAUUCUGAACUCAUUAGAGG